UAUGUGUACGCACACACUCAAGAUUUGUCUGUCAGCAUAUUAUUCAAUUUGGAAUGUUAAACCUUUUUUUAGUUGGAAUUUUAAUUAACAGCAAAACAACGUUGACAUAUAUAUUCGAUUUAGUUUACAAAUUUGGUAGCUGAAUUUCCUAAUUCCUUACAUAUCCAACCAGAUUACCAUAAUUCAUUUCGUACUUAUCAUUUCCCGCUGCAUCGUGCCGCCGCUUCCCACUUGUCGCCGGCUAAGCAGCCUUAAAAAAAAACAUAUAAAGAAGUUGCACACAAACAAAUAAUAAUGACUCAUAAAAUGUAAAUUGUGAUUAUUUGCUGCAAUAAAGACAGAUGUUUAAGGCUGAAUAUGUAUUUAAGUUUCUAUUAUGUGGUGUUACACAUCUGAUCAUUUAUAUGAUCAGAUCGACGUGGUUCGACCUACGUGUUGGGUAGCAGUAUUCUAUCUGAAAUUCAAAUUGUUUAAGCCUCCAUACAGCGUUCAUCGUUUCACUUCGCUCCGCGUAAGUAUAAUAGGGCUAUCCAUCUCGUGGCGAAACAAGUCCUCUCAUCGUUGGAUCGCCGGUUGGUUGACCAUCGGCCCUUCCUUGAUUCUACUUUAUAAUUUUGACAUGCAAAGGUCCCCUUAUUAUUAUUAGUGUUGUGGUAUAUGAUCCACGAUUGAAUCUCUCCCAACAACUCGAGUUAUUGGAAUCAACUGGUUCUUGACAUGGUAUCAGAGUCUAGAACCGAAAGGUAAUGUGUUCUAAUCUCCACGACCCCCAAUAUUAAUCAUUUUCUUUAAAGCAUAUGGUAUGGUGGGCUUGUGCAAACUUCAAACCCAUGAGUUGGCUUUCGUUUGAGGGGGCGUGUUAGUGUUGUGGUAUAUGAUCCACGAUUGAACCUCUCCCAACAACUCGAGUUAUUGGGAUCAACUGGUUCUUGACAAUUAUGUCAUAUUUGUUGUUAUUCCCUCUUGAGAUAUCUUUGAAAAAAAAUCUGAAUAAUUCUAAUAACAAAUAAACGAUAUAUUUAAAUAAAUUAUUAUUAUUAUUAUAAUUAAAAAAAUUACUCGUAAUCCAUUGUUUAAUAGCUAGAUUAUCUAUAUUGUUGGGUUCCACACCAAUUUAUUAUUCUUCGUGAAUAAUCAACUGAUGGAUGGUGAAGUUACCAGUUACGAACUUACGAUGCACCCCUUUUGGACUCCUUUGGAUUGGAGGGCUGACGUAGUGAAGGCUUAUUUGCAGGGUUAGGCACAACUGGGGCAAAAUCUUUUAAAAAUUUGUCUUUCAUAUAUAAUAUAAUAAACAAAAAUCCUCAACCCAAAAUAACUCUACUUACAUCAACAAACAUUUUGUAAUAUGAUUGAGGGGGAAAUGUCUACUGGUGUAUGACAUGGAACAACAAUCCUAUCCAUGUAUAUAUAAGGCAAGAAAUCAAGAAGAAGCAAAAUUGAUUAAUUGGUUGCUCAAAAUUGACUUUGAUUUCUUUACUUGCUCUGUAUAAAUACAGCAUUCACACAGACUCUCCGCCGCAUCCCAUUCUCCAUUCGACUUUCCCCCUCCCUUUUGAUCUCUUGGGUUUUGAUCAGAACAAACGAGGGAACCAUGAAUGCAUUAGCAGCAACCAACAGAAACUUCAAGCUAGCAGCUAGGCUGCUGGGUCUCGACUCCAAGCUCGAGAAGAGCUUGCUCAUCCCUUUCAGAGAAAUCAAGGUUGAGUGCACAAUACCAAAGGAUGAUGGAAGUUUGGCAUCAUUUGUUGGGUUCAGGAUUCAGCAUGACAAUGCCAGAGGCCCCAUGAAGGGAGGAAUCAGAUAUCAUCCCGAGGUUGAUCCUGAUGAAGUGAAUGCACUAGCACAGCUCAUGACUUGGAAAACAGCAGUGGCAAACAUCCCAUAUGGUGGUGCAAAAGGGGGGAUUGGAUGCAAUCCAGGAGACCUGAGCAUUUCAGAACUUGAAAGGCUGACUAGGGUUUUCACUCAAAAGAUUCAUGAUUUGAUUGGAAUUCACAUUGAUGUCCCUGCCCCUGAUAUGGGCACUGGCCCUCAGACCAUGGCUUGGAUUCUCGAUGAGUACUCAAAAUUCCAUGGCCACUCACCUGCUGUGGUCACAGGAAAGCCCAUUGAUCUUGGUGGGUCACUUGGGAGAGAUGCUGCAACUGGGAGAGGAGUGCUGUUUGCAGCAGAAGCCUUGCUGAAUGAGCACGGGAAGACUGUUUCUGGACAGCGAUUCGCCAUACAGGGUUUUGGUAAUGUGGGUUCCUGGGCUGCCCAACUGAUUCACGAGCAAGGUGGGAAGGUUGUUGCAGUGAGUGACAUCACUGGGGCUAUCAAGAAUAGCAAAGGAAUUGAUGUACCAAGUCUCCUGAAACAUGUGAAGGAACAUAAGGGUGUGACAGGUUUCCAUGGAGCUGAUGCCAUUGAUCCGCAAUCAGUAUUAGUUGAGGACUGUGACAUACUAAUCCCAGCUGCCCUUGGAGGUGUCAUCAACAGGGAUAAUGCCAACGAUAUCAAAGCCAAAUUCAUUGUUGAAGCUGCUAAUCAUCCAACUGAUCCAGAAGCUGAUGAGAUUCUGUCAAAGAAAGGUGUUGUGAUUCUUCCAGAUAUUUAUGCAAACUCAGGUGGCGUUACUGUUAGUUACUUUGAGUGGGUGCAGAACAUUCAAGGAUUCAUGUGGGAGGAAGAGAAAGUUAAUAAUGUACUAAAGACUUACAUGACCAAAGGGUUCAAAGAUGUGAAAGAGAUGUGCAAAACCCAUAAUUGCGAUCUCAGGAUGGGCGCCUUCACCCUGGGAGUUAACCGUGUUGCUCGAGCUACUGUUCUUCGAGGAUGGGAAGCUUGAGAGAUGAGAUUCUGAUGAUGAUGAUCACUAAUUUGGAAUAAGGUUUUGGAAGGCUUCAGCUGCAGCCCCUGGCCAUUUUUUUAAUUUAUUCUGCAGUAAUUUAUCAUAACCAAGUUGUUUUUCUUUGCUAUAUGUAGUCGGUCAUACUUUUCAUUGAGUGAUUUGUGAUUUCGAUUCCCUAAUGUAUCCAAGUUACAUUGUAGGUUUAGUUUAGAGAACAUGAGUGGUACCCAUACCACAAAGCCAGCCAUCUGCAUAUUUUCAUUAGUUGUGAUUUAUGAAUUCUGCCAUCAUAUUUGUGCGCAGAUGGGAGCGAUUCUUACUGCAAUAAUAAACUUGGUUUUCAACUUCCUAUUCACUACAAGAUCUCUUCAGUUCUAGCUUAAACUUCGUUUUCAAUUUUCUAUCCAUUAUGUCUAUAGUAUAUAGUUUCAGCCAAGUUAAUAAAUUAAUGUACAAAGG